UCUUCGAAAAGAAAAGCUCCUCCAGUCUGAAAGGAAAAUUGGUUUCGAACGGAAUCUUCGCAUCCGCGCCCUCAUCGACGACUCGUUACAUUGGUCUGCCCGGGAGGAACUUUGGGUUUUUGUUUGUACAAUAGUUGUGCAAUAGAGUAAAAGAUCUGUCACCAGAGGCACUGCUGCACAGCAUCAAGGCAGAUACACUAUCCACGACGGUUGUAACUGUUUCGGGAUAUUCACUUCCGAUUUGUUGCUGGUACUGGUCUUUGUCCCGAAAAGGAACGAGUGUUUUGUUUGCAGCUUAAGCUCGAGAACUUUUAAUCUUGCAAGACUUCUGCGUACAGAGCUGCUGCACCAGUGUGGAAAAUAAAUAUCCGCGCAAAUCGUGUUUAAACGAACCCCUUUUGCUACAGGCCACCGUCUAGUUUGCGAUCGAUCGAGCCGUGUGCAUUCGACGAUUUUGUGGAACAUUUUUCCUUCAGACUCAACACCAUUCUGGAACGUUUAUAAAAAAAAACGAAACGCUAAUCCCCGAACCGAACUUGCACAUUGUUUAGAGAACUUAGCAAGCGUUGCUGAUAAAAAGUUCGUUAGUGCUGACAUUUCAAAUCGGAAUCCCUGAAAGUACAAACAGUUUCUAUCCUGCAACUGAAAUUGUUUUUGUUUUGUGUGCAAAUAUUCUAAAGCAAUACAGUUUUCUGCCCUUAAAAACUACAGUGCAAUCACAGCUAAAUCAGAAGGGAAAAGACAUUCCUUCAAACGACGCUUGGAAAAUAUUUUAAAAGCAGAUUUUUCUGUACAGAACACAUUAAGGGAAAAAAACCUAAUCUGUUGGUGCUAUUGUUUGAAAAAGGUUCGUGUUGUUGCGAUUGACAAGAAAAUAAAAAUCGAAAUCGUGUUCGUAUACGUGUGCGUGUGUUUGCCCCAGCGCCUCAGUGUGUUAGUGAGUGUUUUCGCUCAAACGCAAUAGGAAAAGCGGGUGAACGAGAGCGAACCAGCGUACGAAACGCGAGCGAGCGAGUGGCGUGAAAACAAAAACAUCGAGAAGGAACGACUCGAUUAUAAACAAACCAACAACAAACAGGUCGAUUCAGUCAGUGAGAAAACAAGCCAGCGCAGUCAGCAGUGCAAACGAAACGAAACGAGCGCGCGCGUACAACAGUGAAGGCAAGCGUACGCAUCACGUCCCACCAGCAGCUGCAGCAGAGCGACCCAAACGGAAACCACCCUCAGUCGCUUUGACUCGUCGUCCUUUGCCAGAAGCAAACGUUUGUUGCUUGCUCUCUUCGUGCGUUCUCGCCGUUUUCUUGCGCACAGUUUCAUUUAAAAAAAAAGGAUCCCUGCUGCGUACGUUGCGUGCGUGCACAUAGUGAAAGAAAGCAGAAAAGUACACACGCGCGCGCGAACACACAAACACCAGCAGAAGCGAUAAGCGAAAAGGACAUUAAUUUUAUUGUGCAUUUUGGUUUGUGGUGAAUCCUCUACGCGAUCUUUGCGCCCGUGAAAACUCCGCGCCAAAUCGUUUAAAUGAGUGAUAUAAGUCAGAAAUGUUUCGGCAAAAAUGGUGGAUUUUCUAUAAGCUUUAAUCAAGACUAUACAUCGCUCUCCGUGGUAUCCAGGACGGGAUAUCGAUUGUUUUCGUUAGCAUCCGUUGAUCGUGUCGAUGAAAUAUUCUGCAGUCAUGACGAGGAUACAAAGAUUGCCGAGCGGCUGUUUAGUAGCAGCCUCGUUGCGGUUGUUACCGCAAGUGAACCGAACAAGCUUAAGGUGUGUCACUUCAAGAAGGGGGCGGAGAUCUGCAACUAUGGCUACCCGUCGGAGAUCCUGUCGGUGAAACUGAACCGAUCCCGGCUAGUGGUAUGCCUCGUGGACAGUAUUUACAUUCACAACAUCCGUGAUAUGAGACUGCUACAUUCCAUCAAGAACAUGGCGCCGAAUCCGAGCGGUCUGUGUACGCUCUCGCUGCUGUCGCACCUUGCCUACCCGGUGUCGACCGAGUGCGGCGAGCUGCAGAUCUUUGACGCGGCGAAUCAGCUGCGCCGGUUGAAGCUGAAGGCGCACGAUUCACCGCUGUCGGCGCUGAACUUCUCCUACAAUGGCGUCCUGCUGGCGACGGCCUCGGAGAAGGGCACCGUGAUUCGGGUGUUCUGCGUGAAGAAUGGCCAGAAGGUGCACGAAUUUCGGCGCGGCGUCAAGCGCCAUGUCAGCAUUGGUUCGCUGAACUUUAGCACCUGUGCGAGCUUUGUCGUGGCCAGCUCGAACACCGAAACCGUACAUAUCUUCCGGAUCGAUCCGAAAGCGAUCGAGCAGGCGGAACGGCGCCAGAGCAUUGCCGUCGAUGCGGCCGCUAGCGUCGGCAACGCCAGCAGCUCGAGCGACGACGACGAAUCGAACGGAAGCGAUCCGUCGGUCAACGCUGCUGGUGCUGCUGGCGGCUGGGGUAUGGGUUUUCUGGCGAAAGCCGUCACCAGCUACCUGCCGACGAACGUCGUAACGGAUGUGUUUACGCAGGACCGGGCGUACGCCACGAUACAGCUGGCGGAGGCAGGACUUCGGUACGAGUGUGUGAUGGCGAAGCUGGAGAAGGAGACGCGUCUCCUGCUGGCGUGCGAGGACGGGUUCUUGUACAUUUACAGCUUCGAGGAUUCGAAGGGUGGCGAAUGUAAGCUCAUUCGUGCGCAUGAUCUCCGUACGCCAUUGCACGGCAUUACCGAGGUUGAUAUCGUUGGCAAUGAAAACGAUGAAAAUACAAACAGCCUGAACGUGAACAUGACGAAAUCGAUGCUGCCCGCGCCGGGCACAUAUGCGGGCGUUCUGAAGGGACGUCCGGCCGACCGGAUGUCAGCAGACUCCGACUGGUGUCAUGAUCUGCGUGAAGCGGUUGAGUAUCCGGUAAAGGUGACAGUGCCGAUCUACGAUGAGAUGCAGUUCCCCCCGGUUACGCCGAUCACCGUCGAAUGACUAGCCAAGGAUACGGUGCGCUCCCGUGAGGUUGACCAUCCGCCAACGAAGAUGCGGACCACCGGCAAAUCGUUCUCCUCCAAAGGAGGUGUUGGAUGCAAGGGCUAAAGCGUAGAAUCAGUGUAGAUUCAAGAGCUUUUUUUGGGAGGUCAAUCGAAGAAUAGGAAUGGCUUGGAUGCCGCGAUGCCCUUGUCGUUAGCGGAUGGUGGCGAAGAUGAUGAUGGGUAGUUGAUGAAAUGAGCGUGUAAGGGUUUGACUAUGUCUAAAACUGCAAAUAAUGCGUGUGUGUACCGUUGAUGUUUUUAUUUUCUUUAAUUUAUUUUUACACCAACUCUUCUUAAGGCAGUAGUAGGUAGAACUAAACGCAACACAGCAGAGUGCGAAGGCACGUGCACACUUGGAGAAAGUGUUGGGGGUUGCGCAUGUGUUAAAUUUACGCUUUCACUCUGUGCAAUUGUUUGAUGACUUUUUUUUGCAUAAAAUACAUACAUGUGUUGCUGCUAGAAAUGUUCUUUACAUCAGAAAACGUCCAAAUCUGCGAGAAAUCAUUUUAUUGCUGCUCUGCCAGGAUGUUUUAUUUAGAUGGUUUUCUGACAAAGCGCGUAUACUAAUGACGUGGAGGAAAAGUUCAAAUCAGUCGUAAAUGAAGCUACGUGCAAUGUUAAUAUUCAUAGAACUGUAACGUCGGCAACGCUGUUGCGGGUAGGGGAUAACGUUAAAGGCAACAGGAGGAAGCGAGAUAUCCCAGCGCAACUAGCACUAGUUGUGGACGUUGAUUUUCUUUAGGUCAGUAAUAAGCAAUACAGCAACAAAAGCAAGUUCAAUUUCACAAAGUAACUUUACCAUUAUGACGAUUCCCUUAAGGAUCUGUGUAGUACUUUCUAUCGAUUUUGUAUCGCUCGUUCGUUCGCCUUGUCGUUGUAAAGGUGAACAGAGGCAGAAAUAGUUCUCGAUUGAAUGCGAAACCCUACAAAACCAGACGUAGAAGUAGCAGCGGCAGCAUGAAGAUGUUAGAUUAAUGAUUGUGUCUAUAUUUAAUAAGCUCGUUGCUCCGUUACAUACGUUGAUCGUUUAUUCUUAAAGAUCGGUACAUCUUUAACAUACACACCCAAAUCUAGGCGAAACGAUCGAGGGAGCUUCACGAAAAUACGGGAAAGAGAUCAUACAAAAAAAAACACUUAAAAUGAAUGAUAAAGAUGCAAAAAAAAAACAAACAUCAAACCUGAGAUCAUAAAAUUUGAUUGAUCAACAAUGUUUCAUCUAUCUUGGAUAAAGUACGAAGAAUAAAAUGUAAAAAAAAGAACAAACUUCUGCAUGAUACCAAAAACAAUAAAAAAAAACAAUGUAAAAAGCGUAAAAACGUAAAAAAAUACUCACCGUUAAGUUAGCAUUUUAAGUUUCUAUAGAAAACAAAAGGAUCCUCCUUACACCAAAAGUACCCAGUUUUUGGUGGAUACCACAAAAGGUUUUUACUGCACAGUGGAAAACAAAACUUGUAUGGUGGUAGAUCAGGAAAGUGACAAAGCAGAUCAUCAAUACCGUUUGAUCGAGGGUGGAAAGGCUUUUGUUUUUUUUAAUUUAUUAAACAAUCCCAUCAUUACCGUGCCAGUUUGUGGCAAUAUUAUUCGAUGAUGGAGUUAUAGCUGUACAUACACGUUUACAUACAUUCACCGCGUUUACCUUUCUUUUCUUCUAUUACAAGCACUACGCCACGUACAUUUGAUUUGUCUGUUAAUUAAUUAUGCGCUUAAUUUUGCACUCUUACUAAUGUUUGGUAAUACAUAUGUAGUUUUAUGUUACUUUCGAAAAGUAUUGAACUCUGAUAUAAAAAAACCGCGUUGUUCAGCGCAACAUGCAAUUGUUUCGGAAUUAUCGUCUUUGCGAUAUUUUCAACAACAAAAAAAAUUAUUUGUACAUCUUUUUCUGUUUAUAUAUCUAACAAAAUCAAUCACACACACACACGCAUGCACCCAAACAAUAAUGCACAAUGUUUGAUUUAGUUGCAUUAGAGAGUAAACUAAUGGCAACUGAAACUACGGGACGAUUGUUCGACAGCUGGAACCGCUUGAAGCAGGAGAGAAACAAAAAAAGGUGUUUGUUAAAGAGAAGUCAAGCAAAGUAUAACAUAUGUGUCUGGUCGUAUAUUUUAUGUAGGAGCGGUACCAAACUAAACAUUACAGCAAAACAAAACGGAAUACCCUGUCGGACACACACCCGUAGUAGACAUCUUUGUGCACCACUUGCGCUCUACUAAUAGAAAUGAAACGACAAAAAGAAAAUCAUACAAAAAACAGUAGCAGAUAAUUGUAAAACACGAAAAAUGUUCUGUGAAGUGAAAAACAUACAAAAUACAAACAAAAAAACAAACAAACAUUUAAAAAUGAAUACAAAAAAAUUCAACAAAUAUAAGAUAAUUAAACAGAAACAAAACAAAACAAAAAGAAACAUAAAAAUAACACUCGACUUAA